AUUUGUGAUAUAUGUCGAACGCGUGGUGGUGCGUGCGUAAAGUGCUCAGGCUAUGAUGUAUGUCACAGAGCAUUCCAUGCGACAUGUGCUCAAACAGCAGGAUAUAAAAUGGGAUUCGAGGUACUCCCCAGGUCCAGCACAGAACCUCCAAGACAUGAAUUCGGAAACAACAUGAACGGACGAAUGAUUGCCAGAGUAUGGUGCCCAUUUCACGUAAAUUUACCUCCCAACUUUGUAAAACUCGGAGCUCGUGAUUUGACGCGACAAGAUUCUGCAACGUACUGUUAUGCACGUGUAUGGAAGCAACUGGACUUUACAACAAUUGAACAGAAAAGAAAGCGGCAUUCAAUAUUGCCUUCUCCAGACAUGAUUGACAAUCCGUACAACACGACAAUUGCUCUUUUACCCUCGCCACCGCAACCACCAAACGAAGAAACCAAUAAUCACGAUACUUCGACAUCAAGGUCAGUAUCAACAACAUCAUCACCGUUCCAGCCCUCAUCACCAUUGCCAGUAGUAUCUUCGCCUUCGCUAUCACGAUCACAGUCGCAAUCACAGGCACAAUCGCCAUCACAAUCACCAUCACAAUCGCCAUUACAAUCGCAAACAUCAUCACCCUCAUCAUCACCCUCGCUGUCACCCCUAACAUUACCGUCAAAACCUGCAUCGCGACGUGACUCCACGAGUUUAAUAGAGUGGCCUCCAGCAGCAAGCAGAUCUCCACAAUAUCCUCGUAUGAUUUCGUUAAAGAAGAUUACGUGUACCAGAUGUUCCACUUCUAUAUCACCGAAAUGGUGGCCGGCCAAUAAUACACCUCCCCCAGUUUCAAAGAGCUCGCAGACAGCCAGGGUAGUUGGCUUCACCGUUACAGGCCCUGUUAUAUGCCAAAAGUGUUAUUGGGAUGUUAAAGAAAAUGAAACCGUCAAAAAGUACGAUGCCAUUGAUAUUGCCAGGAUGUUGGCUAAUCCAAGGUUCGUGUCCAAAUCUAUAGUAACGGAAGAGGAUGAUCCUCAGAAUCAAAUAGAGAACACAUAA